CCUCCAGCCAGCCGGAGCACCCUCCUCCUCCUCUUCCUCCUCUUGGAUCACACAGCCCGCCUGCUCUAGUCCACUUUCUCUCUCUCUCUUCAUACCUCUCACUCUCUCUGCUGUCUCUUGUCUUUUAUCUCUCUUUCUCUCCCUCUUUCUGUCUCUUUCUCUCUUUCUGUCCUCCACUUCUCUCCAGCCGCAAGAAGCUCGCAGGCUCGCCGCUCUUCCUCCAACUACUGAGGAUUCAGAAGCACUCGGGACGAAGACCCUGUCACUGGAGCCACGAUGGCAAUGAGCAGCAUCCUCAACGCUGAUGACAUCAAGAAAGCUCUAGAUGCAUUUGCAGUUGCUGACUCCUUUAACCAUAAGAAGUUUUUCGAGAUGGUGGGUCUGAAUGCCAAGUCUCCUGAAGACGUGAAGAAGGUAUUCACGGUGCUGGACGCCGACAACAGCGGCUUCAUAGAGGAGGAGGAGCUCAAAUUCGUCCUGAAGGGUUUCGCCAAAGAUGGCAGGGACCUGACAGACAAGGAAACCAGAGAAUUUUUAACAGCAGGCGACAAGGAUGGAGACGGCAAGAUUGGAAUUGAUGAGUUCGCCGCCCUGGUGAAAGAAUAAACAGUCUAGCACUCUGAGAUCACCUCCCAGCCACCGCUACAUCCCGCUGGCCCCUCUGCCUCCCCAGCACCCACACCUCACCGCCCCACCCUGACUCCCAGCCCCACCAGACUGCAGCCGACUCCUGCUACACACACUCCUCUUCCUCAACUUUCCCCCACUGCUGUCUUCACUGGGUGCCAUGCUGCACUGUAGGAAGUCCGCUGUGGUGUGCCACCCCCUCACACACAAACACCUCCUCAAACGUCCCCACAGCUAUAUUCAUCCUAUUUAUUUUAUCCUUUUUAUACAAACUGUUCUUGUUUCUGUUUAUGUAUAGAUAUAAAAACAUGCCUGCAGGAAUAAACCUCACAUUUUAAAGCAUAAAGUAGAUAUUUAAAGAAAAUAGAGGUUAUAUGAGAAAGACCUUAAUGUCCUUCUGUAUUUCCGACUUUCUUAUCUCUUCAUUUCCUUAGUCAACACUUCCUCUCACUUUCCGACUUUCUUUCUCCCUUUUUCUGUUCUUCACUUCUCUCUGUCAAUUUCACUCCUGGCACAGUUCCCUCCCUGCAUUCGCUCCCCUCUCUCCCUCCCACGCCAUCACCCCAUCCAUCUAUCUAUCUACCCAUCCCUUUCUCCUCUGGUAAUGAGCUGUUGUAAAACAUACCAAAAGAAGAAAGAGGUCAAGCUGUGAAAGAA